AUGGAUGCUAUCAGGCAAGCCAACAUCUACCCCACCUGUCGGCUGGACAAAAGCAGCCGGGCUGUGUACGAGCCGGAAGACGUGUGGGCAAAAAAGGCCGCUCUAGUCAGGCCAGACUCGCGGCCAAAUGCGGGAAGCUCGAGGGCGAGGGGAAUGUUCAAGCAGAAGGUCCUGGCUAUCAGCACAACCGGGGUGACCAAAGCAAACAUGGACACGGUCGACCGACUGAAGGAGGCCUACAAAGGCAAAAAGCAGUCUUGCAGAGGAUGAGUUGACACGUUGAGGUCUGUACAAUAGACAAAACGAGUGUAGCUCUUUUUGCAGCUGGAACGCUUCUUCUUAAGGUCGUUAGCAGUGUCCCUUCCAAUGGCGGAAUGUCUCAAAAUGGAACACCGGUUAGAAGCUUCGGCCGAAACUUCAGCCUCGGGAAGCCAACUGCCUCGAACCAAGCGAGCUUGAAUCCUCCUCUAAGCUGGUAUUUGGCGUGACUGCUGUGGAAGCCAAAAUCGUUCCGACACUUUCUUCGAGUUGCAACAGCAAAGCUACCAGCCAAAAAUUCUCUGAAAAAGGCCUGUGCCGUGUCGUGCCCGCUAGACUACGCUACAAUACCUUCGGAAUCAAUGUUGUUUGGGGUGCUCGGCAGAGUAUACUGUCUACGGGGCCUCCGGGGGAUGCGCGGAUGGUAUGUAUUGAUGGACAUGCUACAUGGCGAUGGUGUUGCCUGUGGCAUGUCUCUCACUCUCUAAGCAACAAGGUCUUGAGUCAACCUUCUUUUUCUUUCGGCCUCUGACGAGCUACCGCACCCAAACACAAUAGUCUAUAUUGUGAGGCCUGGUGUUGGUAAUGGGUAUUGGCGUCUGAGCGGUGGGAGCUGGACCAUCGGGGCAGCGAACUCCAUUUUCAUAGCUGGGAUCGCGGCUAAAGGGGGCGAGGACAGCAGUGCAUAGCUGGUGCGGUGGCCAUUGCGGGAACCGGGACAGCAGGGUUUAUAGCUGGGACAGCGCUUCGAGGCUGGGGCAGCAGGAGGGUUCAGAGUUUUAGUUUGAUAAUUCUGGAACGGAGGAGGACUCAGCUCUGCGCGCUAGGUUGAAUGAGGUCGAGCUAUAGAUGUUGCCAAGGCUGAGACGAAGGAGGCCGACGCUGAGAUGAAGGAGGCCAAGGCUGAGACGGAGGAGCUUCGGGCAGCACAGCGGCGGUCGGCGGGUGCACCUGCCGGCAGCAGCCCAGGAGGCGACGGUCUAGUUUCUCCUGGAGGGGCUUCAUCUGCGCCGGUGAGGCCAAUGUGGCCAGGCGGGGUGAGUCAUGAUGGCGGUACUGGGGUGCCGGGUUUGCCUCUGGGAGGUACAAUUGUCAUAACUCUCUUGUGCCUAAAAUCCCGUCACAUUGCACCGCCGACACCUUUCUCAGUUGGCGGAGACGCUUUCUGGCCUACGUGGACAACCAUAAUCUCCAGCACACAAUCUCCGGCAGUGCUGAGGUUCCCGUUGUCAGUUGUCAGGACGAAGGAUACUUGACUCGCCAGUAUGGU